CCUCCGCCGGUAUAAAUGUCGCCCGCUUCUUCUUCGCCAAGUUCCAAACCCUUCUUCUUCCCUGUCUUCCGUUCGUAUUACCCCGUGGCCGGCGAAGAGAGCGAGAGGAUGAACGGCAGCGAUCUGGUGCUCCCACCCGGGUUCCGCUUCCAUCCAACGGACGAGGAGCUGGUAGUGCACUACCUCCUCCGCCGGUGCGCCGCGCAGCCUAUCCCCGUGCCCAUCGUCGCCGAGGUCGACCUGUACAAGUACGAUCCGUGGCAGCUCCCAGGCAUGGCCCGCUACGGGGAGGAGGAGUGGUACUUCUUCUCGCCCCGCGACCGCAAGUACCCCAACGGGUCGAGGCCGAACCGGGCGGCGGGCACCGGCUACUGGAAGGCCACCGGGGCCGACAAGCCCAUCGGUUCGCCCCGCCCGGUCGCCAUCAAGAAGGCGCUCGUGUUCUAUUCCGGGAAGCCGCCCAAGGGGGAGAAGACCAACUGGAUCAUGCACGAGUACCGCCUCGCCGACGUCGACCGCUCCGCCCGCAAAAAGAACCAGAGCCUCCGGUUCGAUGACUGGGUGCUAUGCCGGAUCUACCACAAGAAGGGCGCCGUGGGGAAGCAGGCCAACCCGGACCGGAAGCCUGCCGGCCCGAAGAGCCAGCCUCGGCCGGCGCCACAGCCGCAGCUAAAGCAGGAGGUCGUCUCGCACGCGCGGGCGCCCAAGACGGACAUGAUCUGCUUCGACUCGGCCGAGUCGCUGCCGCGAUUGCUGGGCGAAUCGAGCAGCUCGGGGCACGCGCCGUCGUACACGUCGCCCGACUUCGCGUGCGAGCGGGAGGCCGAGAGCCAGCCCCGGUGGGCCGACGACGGCUUCAGCGACUGGAUGAUCGACCUCGGAGUCGGGCUCAUCGACGACGCUGCCGCCGCCUCCGCAGUGGCAGCUGCCGGAGACGCGUUCCCGCCGUUGUCGCCCGCGGCCGCGUUCCGCGACUCGUUCCAGGACCUCUUCGUGUAUCUCCAAACACCGGUCUAGUGGGUCCCUACACGCACAGCAAAAACCCACGAGCACUACAUACGUGCUGAGGUAAUAAGAUUAAAAAGAGGAGCAAAAAAGAAUUCUUUAGGAUUAGGUAAUGGUUGUCAUUUAGGUUGUGGGGUCAGCGAUGAUGUAGGAUGGGUAUCAAGUGGGGAUGCACGGCCUGCAAAAUUUUGUUUGCUUCUUGUAUGCGCAGUGUGUGUUAAUGGUGAUUGAAUCCUUAGACAAAUGCAAGUGCUUGCGUAA